GAGAGGAAAUGCAUCUGAAUCAGCAAUAAAUGAGCAUAGCAAAGCGUGUACUUUUUUCGUUUCAGAGGCAGUUUAGUGGUGGCAGUUCUGCGAGGUGCAGUGUACGCCAUGGGCGGUCGCGAUUAUUUUAGGACUCACAGAACGGCUGAAAGAUACGACUGCAAGACAAAUCAGUGGUCGUGGAUCGCUCCCAUGAACGAAGAGCGAUACAAUGCAAGUGCAACUGUUCUGAAUGACAAAAUAUACGUCGCUGGUGGAAGUUUUCAUAUCAGUAUUAUAACCUCGGUGGAAGUUUAUGACCCGGACACCAACCGAUGGACGUACGUCGCACCAAUGCUUUCUGGACGUGCCGCUUUGUCUUGCGUCGCCUUCCACGGCUGUCUGUACGCCCUAGGAGGAUACAACGAGACACCAUCCGAGCUCAGUACAGAAAAAUAUGACCCUGCAGAAGACACAUGGACCGAAAUGCCUUGCAUGAACUCAAAGUAUGAAUACGUAAAAGCAGAAGUGAUCGACGACACGAUCUUUAUGAUCGCUGAUCCUAUAUACAAGCAAUGCUUCCCCACCUACGUCGCAUGUUUCAAUGACAAGGAAAAUCGAUGGUACGAGACGGCAGACAUGAAUGUUCGUAGAUUUCACUGA